AUGUGUGAUGAUCUUGAAUGGUUCGAUGAUAAACAGCCUUGGGUCUUUUCCAAGGUUUUGAUCAAAAGCCAUAUGACUAAACCUCCUCCAUUUUCUCUCGCGGCCUUGGGCUGUGUCCUAUUCUUCUUCUUAUCCUCCUCUGUUGCUUUAGCACUCACCGACGCAGAAGCCUCAUUCAUCGCGCAACGUCAGCUCUUGACGUUGCCUGAGAACGGCGAUCUUCCUGAUGAUAUUGAGUAUGAGGUCGACCUCAAGGAGACGUUUGCCAACAACAGGCUUAAGAGAGCUUAUAUAGCUCUCCAGGCAUGGAAAAAAGCAGUCUAUUCAGACCCGUUUAACACCACCGGAAACUGGAAUGGUCCGCACGUGUGUAACUACACAGGCGUGUUUUGUGCACCAGCUCUCGAUGAUCCUAACGUCGCGGUCGUGGCCGGUGUAGAUAUUAAUGGUGCAGAUAUUGCGGGACAUUUACCCGUCGAGCUUGGUUUGAUGACGGAUGUGGCCAUGUUUCAUUUGAAUUCGAACAGGUUUUGUGGUAUCAUACCCAAGAGUCUCGAUAGGUUGAAGUUAAUGUACGAGUUCGAUGUCAGCAACAACCGUUUUGUCGGACCUUUCCCUUCGGUUGUCCUUUCGUGGCCGGCUGUUAAAUUCAUCGACCUGAGGUUCAAUGAUUUCGAAGGUCAAGUCCCUCAUCAGCUUUUCAAGAAGGAUCUUGAUGCCAUUUUCUUGAACAACAAUAGAUUCACUUCCACCAUUCCUGAGUCUCUUGGAGAAUCCUCGGCUUCUGUCGUGACCUUCGCUCACAACAAAUUCAACGGUUGUGUCCCUAAAAGUAUUGGAAACAUGAAGAAUCUUAACGAAAUUAUCUUUAAGGACAACCGCCUUGGAGGUUGUUUCCCCUCAGAGAUCGGGAAGCUGGCCAAUGUGAACGUUUUUGAUGCUAGCAUGAACUCAUUCACCGGUGUUUUACCGCAGAGCUUUGUUGGGCUUACUGGUGUCGAAGAGAUUGAUAUCUCUGGAAAUAAACUCACUGGGUUUGUGCCGGAGAAUAUCUGCAAGUUGCCUAAGUUGGUUAACUUGACGUACGCCUACAAUUACUUCAACGGUCAAGGUGAUUCGUGUGUCCCAGGUAGUCAGAAAGAGAUUGCAUUGGAUGAUACACGUAACUGCUUGCCAGAUAGGCCUAAACAACGGCCAGCUAAGGAAUGUGCGGUGGUGAUUAGUCGUCCAGUUGAUUGUAGUAAGGACAAGUGUGCUGGUGGCGGUUAUAGCCCCUCUACACCAUCGAAGUCGAAGCUACCAUCACCCGUGCCAACUCGGCCAGUACAUAAUCCACAACCACCGAAAGAGUCGCCAAAACCAAAUGACCCGUCUGACCAGUCUCCUGUGAGGUUCAGGCGUAGCCCGCCACCACCACCGGUUCAUUCUCCACCCCCACCAGUCUACUCACCACCACCGCCCCCACCAGUCCAUUCACCACCACCCCCAGUUCAUUCUCCACCUCCACCAGUCCACUCACCACCUCCACCAGUCUAUUCACCACCACCACCACCAGUUCAUUCUCCACCUCCACCAGUCCACUCACCACCCCCACCUGUUCAUUCUCCACCUCCACCAGUCCACUCACCACCACCGCCUCCACCAGUCCAUUCACCACCACCACCAGUUCAUUCUCCACCCCCACCAGUCCACUCACCACCACCACCAGUCCAUUCACCACCACCGCCGGUUCAUUCUCCACCUCCCCCAGUCCACUCACCACCACCGCCUCCACCAGUCCAUUCACCGCCACCACCAGUUCAUUCUCCACCUCCACCGGUCUAUUCUCCGCCACCACCUGUCCAUUCACCACCACCCCCAAUGUAUUCACCUCCACCACCUGUUCAGAAACCACAACCUCGGAAAGAGUCACCACAACCAAAUGAUCCAUAUGAACAAUCUCCAGUGAAGUUCAGACGCAGCCCACCUCCGCCACAUCAAUCACAUCCCCCAAUGGUUUCUCCUCCGAUUCAUCCACCUCAGCAUUCGCCACCAAUGUAUUCACCUCCAUCACCGGUUCAGAUACCACAAUCUCCAACAGAAUCACCACAACCAAAUGAUCAAUAUGAACAAUCUCCAGUGAAGUUCCGGCGCAGCCCACCUCCGUCGCAUCAAUCACAUCCCCCGGUGGAUUCUCCUCCGCUUCCGAGUCAUUCUCUACCACCACCUGACCAUUCACCUCCAUCACCGGUUCAGAAACCACAAUCUCCAACAGAGUCACCACAACCAAAUGAUCCAUAUGAACAGUCUCCAGUGAAGUUCCGACGCAGCCCGCCUCCGCCACAUCAUUCACAUCCCCCAGUGGUUUCUCCUCAACUUCCAGUUCAUUCUCCACCACCCCCAGUCCACUCACCACCACCACCGGUACAUUCUCCUCCACCACCAGUCCAUUCACCUCCACCACCCGUUUAUUCCCCACCCCCGCCACCACCAGUCAAUUCACCACCUCCACCGGUACACUCUCCUCCACCACCAGUUCAUUCACCUCCACCACCAGUUCAUUCACCACCUCCACCAGUAUACUCUCCACCACCACCGGUAUAUUCGCCACCGCCACCAGUCCACUCUCCUCCACCACCUGUUCUCUCCCCACCGCCACAGUCGCCAACACCAAUUCAAUCUCCACCACAAACACCGGUCAACUCUCCUCCCCCAGGAACACCGACGCAAACCAUAGAAGCACCACCCCCAAGUGAUGAAUUCAUCAUACCACCAUUUGUUGGUCACCAAUAUGCAUCGCCACCACCUCCUAUGUUUCCGGGCUAUUAAUAUUAGAGAGACCUAAGUUUUAUAUUAUAAAUCGCGUUGUGAGAAAACAAAAAUAUCAGAAAACUUGAGGAAGACAAAAGAAGAAAAAAUGAUGGCAAUGUAUCGAAGUAGCAUUAACUCCUUACCAGGAAUCAUAUAUGAAAUUCGUGUAGUAACAACUAACAUCUUUUUUGGUACAUGAAAAAAUUUACAU